AUGACAGGAACAGAGCGGAAAGUUUUUCAGAAAUACUACCCUCCCGACUUUGACCCAUCAAAAAUCCCGAAAGCUUCUGGUGGACGAAACAGACAAUUUAUUCAACGUGUAAUGACUCCAUUCAAUAUGCGAUGCAAUACUUGUAGUGAAUAUAUUUAUAAAGGAAAGAAGUUUAAUAUGAGAAGAGAAACGGCUGAGGGAGAAAGCUAUCUUGGCUUGAGGAUUUUUCGAUUCUAUUUUCGUUGUCCAAAUUGUCUGGCCGAAAUCACCUUCAAAACAGAUAUUCAAAAUGUGGACUAUCAAGCUGAAAAUGGAGCAACACGUUUAUUCGAUGUAUACAAAUUUUGGCAAGAACAGGAACAAAAGGUGGAGGAAAAAGAGAAAGAAGAAAAGGAGGAUGCAAUGAAAAUGCUUGAAAAACGAACAAAAAUGAGCAAAUUGGAAAUGGAAGCAUUGGGUCACAUUGAGGAAUUACAAGAAAUUAAUAGACGCCAAGAAAGUAUUGAUACAAUUGGCUAUUUAAAUCAACUUGAACAGAAAAAUGCUCUUACUUUUGCCGAAAGGUUGAAGCGACAAGAAGAAGAGGACGAAAGAGAAGUUGAAAGGCUUGUAGAAAAAACUGGAGGAAAAUAUACAAAAAGAAUAAAAGAGGAAGAUGAAGAAGAUUUGUUAAAUGGCCCAAGUACAAGUUCUUCAAUAUUAUUAAAAAAUGAAGUUGAAAAAUUUGUUGGAACAAAGUUGAAUAAUUUGAAGGAAGAAACUAAUUUAAAAUCGAAUAUUAAACCUUCAAUGGAUUUGGCAUACAAAAGAACCUCAAAUCAAGCAAAUUUAUUAAAUUCGAUUAUGAUGGAUACAAGUGAACCAGUUCAAAACGUUGAGGCAACGAAGACAGGUCGCCGUCGUCCUGGACCAAAACGCGCUCGUCGACUUUAUGUUAAAGCAAUCUUUACUGGCUACAAACGAGGUCAACGCAAUCAAUAUGAAAACACUUCGCUUCUAAAAUUGGAUGGAGUGAAUGAUAAGGAGGGGGCAAAUUUCUAUCUUGGAAAGCGUGCUGUUUACGUCUACAAAGGCCACAAGAAAAUUGCUCGUGGUGGUGGACCAAAGACGCGAAUUCGUGCAAUUUGGGGACGUGUUACUCGCACACAUGGAAAUUCUGGAAUGGUCCGUGCAAAGUUUCGACACAAUUUGCCACCAAAAGCUAUGGGUAAACGAAUCCGUGUAAUGCUGUAUCCGAGUAAUAUUUAA